AAACAACUCCCUGCCCUACGAGACGACGCUAUCCAACUAAUAGAAGCUACCUACCAGUACCACCACGACCACGAGCACUAGGAUUGUGCAUUGCCAACUAUUUUAUAACAAUCAAUCUCUGUCUCCCCUUAAACUAAACUCUCCAUUACGGCAGUGCACUGCUUAUUUUUUGCACGAUUAUUUACUACCUAGUAUGCACUCCUAGUAGUAGAGCUACUAGGCUACUCCCAUAUAAUCUGUGGCGUUGGCUUGAGACAGAAACCAAGUGAUCGACUCUCGUCAGUGUCACUGUGACCGUUCCGAACUCAACAGCAGAAACGAGUCGUUGUAUGAAUAAGAGUCUUAAAAUUCCAGUAAGACGAGAUGUGAUUACAUAGAUUUUUGCAUAGAAAAGUUCACCAGGAUCAAGUAGGAGUGUAAUAAAAUACUAAUCCCGGUGGGUGGCUGGUUGGUUUUAGUGCAUUUUUAUGAAAUUGGUGUACCGUGCAGUAUGGGGCUUGUGCCCCCAGGUAGGAAACCACAACUGGUAGUUGGGUCGAUGAGUAAUCAUGUGGAUAUUAUGUGAGGGUUACUCGUUCGUUCGUUCGUGUCUUAUGCAAGUUGGCUGUGUAGGAAUUUGUGUAAACCUCUGAAACAUCGGGGAGGAUGAGGAAGACUGAAAACCUGUAGAAUGCAUGCACUAUUAGCAUGGGAUGCAAAUUUGUAGAAAAGCCAUUUCCUUGCUACUACUACUGCUACCAGCAUAACUGCGAUUUUAUCCACUAUUGUGGAAAGCCUGAGAAAAAAGACGGGACCUUCUUCAGUGUAAGGAGAACAUUGUGCGGAACCAAGUCGAACAUCAAGUCCGGCUGGAGCUGGAAAUUGUGUUUGGUUGAUAAAAUUAGUGGUAUAAGUUCCAGCAGAAUUAUUUACCCAGCCAAAAAUACUAAUAAAAAUACUGGGCAGUUAAGGAGUAAGCUAACGACAAGUCACCACCAUGAGGGUCACGACACCCACGUUUCACGUCACACUGAUUGUCACCCUCUCAUUGUUGACGAGUUUGGGAGUGACGCCACUACGAAUUCGGACCCACAGUGGGGAAGAAGACUUACAAGAUGAGGACGGGAGUGAUGGGAUUAUCACGGCGAGUCCCACCCUAAUUUAUAGGCGACGAUUAAACAGUGAUAGGUCUUUCCAACCCUCCAUCUACCCUCCCCCCUCCGCCCCUUCCAACUCCAUUGAAGAAAUUAAGACUGAGUCCGACCCAGACCAGGGGGGACACCUACAACCUUAUCAAAAUCCAUCGGAAGAUGACCCCUCCACCUACUCUCGAUAUCCCCCAAGCUCCUUCCCCACCACGACGAGAAAGACGACACGUCGUCGUCCCCACCAUAAGAAAUUAAAAUCCGUCCGCAGAAAUCGGUCCCGCAUCCGGACCGUGACUUUGCCCCAGGAGCCGGCAGAGCCAUCCCCACAACAAGCGUCCUCCAUCGAACAAGAGCAGUACACACCUAAACCAAUCAGCACCAAGCCAAAGAGCGGGCGGAGAAGAAAGGUCAAGCGUCCGAAUAAGAACAAGAUCGUCGUGACGAGAAAUAAGGAGGAAGGUGGUAGCGAGGAUGAGAAACUAACCGCUGUUAAUAACAGUACAACGAGUGGUGGAGGUGAUAAAAAUUUGGCGUUGGAGAUUGGCUCCCAAGACGGGAAGUAUGCCUUGAUCGAUAAGUUUUUCGAUGAUAAGCCGUCCCAAGCACCGGGUCUGGUUUCGUACAAGGCGAGUGACGAUUUCCCCAAGAAUGAUAACAAGCAAACGUUAGGGAAUGUGAAAGCGAACGAUAUUUGGUUAUCGGAUGGACAUUUGUUGGUUUUGAAAGGGGGUGAUUUGGACGCGUCGUUGAGAGAACAUUGGAAACCGAUUGAUAACUAUCAGCGCGGAAAUAGACCACCGUUGAGGAUUGCGUUGGAUUCUAAUAAUCCACCCCCGUUCCCCGUCUUUGUGAAUGAUACGGGGCCUCCCGUUUUUCUGGGGCCACUUCCACCCUUUGGGCUCCCAUACCCACCACCUGGUGCGUUUAAUGAGUCCUUCGAUCCUAGCAGGCUACCUCCCCCGGGAAUGGUGCCACUUUACCCGAAUGGCUCGAUACCUGAGUACUUCGCACCACCCCUCCCCUUCCGGGGAGGAAAUAACUCACUUUUUCCACAAGGUGCACCCCCCGGAGGGCAAUACGGUGGUGGUGGGUAUGGUCCGGGAAACUUUAACCCGAACAAUAACGGACAACCUCCCCCAUACCCGUUCUUCCCACCACAGGGCAACUUUACUAAUAACCAGUUACCCCCACCACCACACUUUUUCCCAUUCCCUCCCCCAGGAAAUAAUAGAAACGGAUCUUUCCCACCCGGCCCGCCACCACCCGGGUUUUACCCACCUCCGCCCGGCUUCAACAGAACCGGCGGACCACCCGGUCCCGGUCCUGGCGGAUACCCACCCUUCUUCCCACCACUCGUCCUCAACCCCAACGACAAUGAGACCGACGACCCCUCAAUCUUCCUCCCCCCACCGUACGACUUUGAUUAUCAAGAUGAUAACACCACCAUCGUGCCGCCCGGCCCGUUCGCCCCGGGACUCGUGGUCCCACCUCCUAAAAACUUUUACACCGUGUACAACAAAACCCCCACCACCACGACACGUCCCACCUUCCCCCCUGCGACCGGAUUGUACAACUCCUUCGGCAAUAAAAGACCGCAACAAAGACCUAACGGAAAGAAACCAAAGUUCCCCAUGACCAACCCACCCGACGAUAGCGAGGAAGCCUACCAGCCUCUCGUGACCACACCGUUUCCCUACGUCCACCACAACUCGGAAGCAGCCUUGAACAACAAUGUUAACAAUGUCAACAAUAAGAAGAGAAAAUACACUCGCCCAGGGGCUGCUCUUUUGGGUGGGGCUGGGACCAAGCUCAACAAGGGCAAUUUUAACGUUGGGUCAAAAUAUGAGGCGGACACGGAUGUGAGUAACGUGAUAUCACCACCACCGAUAACUCCUUUGUCUCAAGAUGACGAGUUGGAUGAUCAUCAAUUCAACAAUAUUCAAUCACCAUCGCCUCCACCACCACAACCACUUCCAGUAGUGCCACCACUGAUAACAAACACAAUUGCGCCAAUUGUUACCAACUUAAUUGUGACUACUCCGAAGCCGUUGAACAACUAUGUGUAUGUGCGAGGUCAGUUGAAAUCCUUGGCAGAGUUGAAUCAAGAAGCGCUCAAUCAACACAACCAGCAGCAGCAGCAGGGAGACCUUUAUUCUCCGUAUGAACCCACGCCACGCCCUCCGUUUGAUGAGCGUGGUUAUCCAACCAGAGUGCUGGACGAUGAGGACCACGUUAUCCUCCAGUAUAACAAGAAACCCACGGAACUUCCGGUCAAAUCCGUGUACUACAAUACGCCAAAGUAUGACGCCAUUUAUAACAUGUACACGAAAAAACCGACCAGUAAGAAGAUUCAGAAUCAUCAAUACUUUAUAAAUAAUAAUAACGACAGACCAUCUCACACCGUCCGACCAAUUGUUCUCGAUCAACAAUCGCCCCCAAUUUAUCUUAACAACCAGAACAACAAUAAUCAUCACAAUGGGUUGAGCAAUCUUCGCCACCAUCAAAAUAAUCAGAAUAAUGUCGUGUACCAAUCUGACGAUAACAAUGGAUUCCAGCAUCCCAACAAUAACUACUACACGCCUCUCGGUGGUACUGGUGGUCAGCGCCAAAAACCGACCAUAAUUCAACUCCAAUCACCCAAAUAUUCCCUCACCCCCACCAUCGCGACGAAUCUCAACAACGCCGACACCAACUCGCGGCGUCAACCCCACGCCUACAAUCACAAUAGCGGUGCCAACAGUCUCCCCCAAGUUAACAAUUUCGCGACCGGUUUCCGCCCCGCGUUCGGACCCACGGUCCAACCACAAUCUAACAAUAAGCCGAAUCUCAUCUACCCCUCGAACCAAUCAGUUCGACAACGUGGUCCCAUUUUCGACUUCCAAAACCAAUAUUUCAACCCUCAACAGCCUCAACCUCGACCCCAAGUUGAUGGUUACUACUCCCCAAUAACGCAGUACUACCAACCCCUCCAACAAUCCCAACCGCAACAAAACAACUAUUUCCCUAAUUCGCAACAAUUUCGCAAUAACUUCAAUAACCAAAACAACAACCUUGCAUACCAACAACCUCAACAACAAACUUUCCAGCCAUUUUUCAACCAACAAGAAAACCUAAACGGGGGUCAAUCCCUGCUAAACCCUGACCAGUAUAGGUCGCCCCUUUUAAGUCAACAAUUCCCACAACAAGAACAACAACAAUCGCCCCUUCGUCAAGAUCUGUACGUGAAUUACAGGGAACCACUCCCCCAGUACAAUACAGAAUCGGAAGCGGUAACUACACGGACAACGACGGUGUUUCGAGCCGGUCCGAGUACCAAACCGGCCACCUCGGCGUCCUCGUCCGCCUCCGCCUCCUCCUCGGCGACAGGAGGAGACCCUGGCAAGACUGGCAAUUCCCCCUCCUCCACCUCCCCCGAUGGAAGCUACUACUCCUUCCAACGCGGCGGACCGGGAGGUUUUAGUUACAAAAUCAAAUUAUGAAGAAAUAAGAAGAGAAACUUGACUGAAAGUGCCAAACCAAAAAAACCAACAAGGAGUAUGUAGGAAAAAAAAUGUAGUACUGCAGCCGGUACACGAGAAGCUAGCCAACAUAAUUAAAUAAUAAUAACAAGUGUGUCUGUGUGUGUGUAACGACCUCAUAAAUGCCAUUGAAUGAGAUAAACCUUUUCAUUAAGUAGUACCACCACCACAUAAUAUUAAUGAUACGUUAAGAGAGAAGGAACAAUUAUUUACGUUUAUAAAUAAAUAUACCUCCUCGGACGCACAUAGAUAACUAAAAGUGGUAGUGGUGGUACUUCGUCGUGCAAAACGUGCGCAGGGAUUGUGAUAUGUGAAAGGGCUCACUCAAUGGAAACGGUUGGAAGGAAGUUGUCAAGAUAGUGAUAUAACAGAGACACUUGCAUACAUACAUAAAUUCUACAAAAUCUGUGUAAUUCUCCUCCUAAGAAUACCAACUAAACUUAGCGUAAACUGAGUUAAGGGUAAAAACUUGUUCAACUCUAUUGUUGUUGCUGCAUCCAAAAAGAACAAUUAAGGUUACAAGACUGCACUUGUGUUGGUGCAGCAGCAGAUAUUGUACAGUCAUUCAAUUGAAGUUGAGGUCCGACAUUACUACAGAGAAAAAAAUAAUGUCAAAUAUUUAUCCACAAGUCUUGACUGACUGGCGAAGCGUCGUGCAUGAAAGAAAUAACACAGCCUGAGGGAAAGGCUGGGUCUUUAAGUAAGAUAUGCAGCAAAAAGACACGAUCUUAUUGUUCGACAUUGUAAUAUCUCAGUCGUAUUAUCAUUGUUUGGCGUGGUGUGUGUACAAGUAUCACUUCAUUCAUACCGCUUAGAAAAAAAUGCUUGCUACAUGAAUUAUUCCUUAAAUAAAGUGGUAGUAGCUAGCAGCCAGGAAUAAGGAAUCGAUUCUCAACGGACGUGGUGACACAGUGGUGUCAAAUAUCAACCAUUCAACCUUUUUUUUGCAUGCACACCGUGUGAUGGAACUGAUCAGAUGCCAUACAAGUCGUCACUAACCCCCGGGUUCCCCCUUUUGCCUACUUAAUUAGCGUCCUUCCUCCAUUUUUUUAGGAUCACCGUGUUGACAAAACGAUACUACCACUACGGCUCAAUUUUUACAGUGUGAAAAAAAGUCAAUUAUAUAUUUCUCUUAUGGCUCUUGUAAUCUUGACUUGUGCUCAUCUACUGUGCAGAACGUAUCAAUUUCCUAUGCUACUAUGCCUGUAUACAUAAGUUAUAUAUAGAUAAAUACGUAUAUAUUGUAUUGUGUGUACCCCUUUUUUAAACGUAAGUAGAGGCGAUUUUCAAUUUUCAGACUCAAUUAUCAACCUUGUUUCCCAUAAGACACGCGUCCCACAUUCGUUCAUUCAUUGUUGAUCAAUCGUCGCGUUAUAAAUAUAUGUAAAUCGAUAAAUGUACAGAAGAUAAUGAUAAGUUUUACCCUAUAUUUUUUAAAAAUUCGUCGUCGUCUCAAAUUUGUUAUAAAAUGUGUGAAGGACAAGUAAAAUAAAAUAAAGGAAAAGAAUGCGAAUGAUGUUAUGUAUUGAAAAGAAAAA